AUGAAGUUCUCACAAUCUGCUCUAGUGCUCUCCUCCGUGCUUUUCGCUGCGGCUGCCCCCAGCGGCGGUCACAGAGACGAACACGCCAAGCGUGAUGUCGUCGUCGUGACGGAGUACGUUAACGAAGGUGGUGCCGUUGUCGUGCCACCUGCUGAACAGCAAACACAGACCACCGCUGACUACAACACGGCCACGGCUACCCUUCACGCUGACAGAGACACUACGACUCUUUCGCCAAAGGCCACUGCGACGAAGGGUUCCUCUGGUGUGUCGAACUCUCAGUCUAACUCCGGAUCCUUCCAGGACGGUACCAUCGCUUGUUCAGACUUCCCAUCCGGUAACGGUGUCGUGUCACUAGACUGGUUGGGGAUGGGCGGUUGGGCCUCCAUCCAGGACAGCAACGGACAGUCAGUCACCUCGUGUUCAGAGGGUAACUACUGUUCGUACGCGUGUGACUCAGGGAUGGCCAAAACCCAAUGGCCAUCCUCUCAGCCGGCCAGCGGUGCCUCUCUAGGUGGGUUGAUCUGCAAGGACGGUUUCCUACACAGAACAAACACCGACGCGGACAGUCUGUGCCAAUCCGGUGAAAACGUCGCCUCCGUCGUCAACAAAGGGUCCAGCGGGUCCGUGGCUCUAUGUAUGACAGACUACCCAGGUUCCGAAAACAUGGUCAUCCCCACCGUGGUGGGUGAAGGUUCCACUGAACCCUUGACCGUGGUCAACUCGGACAGUUUCUACACGUGGCAGGGGAAGAAGACCUCCGCCCAGUACUACGUCAACAACGCCGGUGUCUCCAAGGAGGACGGGUGUGUCUGGGGGUCCGCUGGGUCCGGGGUCGGGAACUGGGCUCCUUUGGUCAUCGGUGCCGGUUCAUCCAACGGACAAACGUACUUGUCCCUGAUUCCAAACCCAAACAACGGCGAUUCGGCCAACUUCAACGUCAAGAUCGAGGGGACCAGCGGGUCCAACGUGCAAGGCGACUGUAAGUACGAGAACGGGUCCUUUUCCGGCGGCGACGGGUGCACCGUUUCCAUCAUUUCUGGUUCCGCCCAAGUUGUCUUCUAUUAG